AUGAAUCGUAUUGUCAAAAGUCAAGGGGUAUUGAAACAGCUAUUCACAACUUCUUCACCGUCCUCAGCAAUCAACACUCCAGAGCUGUUAAUCGAAGUUUAUUCUCGCUCCUCGGCCUUCGUGAGUCACGAGAACAUACUCCGUCGACCCAAGAUCGGAAGCUUUCAGAAUCACGCGAGCAUGACAAUGGCAACUGAGGCCUAUCAGAAUUACUGCAGCAACCAGUCCCUCUCCGCCACCUUCCCAGACUUCUUCGGGUAUGCUGAGGACGAAUUCGACGACUGCCGGGAACGCCUUGAUGUGGUUGUCGAACAGGCUCUCUCGGGCCUCAAC